GUAAUCAUGGGCCAGACUGGCAAGAAAUCUGAGAAGGGACCAGUUUGUUGGCGGAAGCGAGUCAAAUCUGAGUAUAUGCGACUUCGGCAGCUCAAGAGGUUCAGGCGGGCUGAUGAAGUCAAGAGUAUGUUUAGCUCCAACCGCCAGAAAAUUGUGGAAAGAACUGAGACCCUUAACCAGGAGUGGAAGCAGCGGAGGAUCCAGCCUGUGCACAUCCUGACAUCCGUGAGCUCAUUGCGCGGGACCAGGGAGUGCUCGGUGACCAGUGAGUUUGAUUUCCCGGCACAAAUCAUCCCUCUAAAGACUUUGAAUGCAGUUGCUUCAGUGCCUAUAAUGUAUUCUUGGUCUCCCCUACAACAGAAUUUUAUGGUAGAAGAUGAAACUGUUUUACAUAACAUUCCUUAUAUGGGGGAUGAAGUUUUAGACCAGGAUGGAACUUUUAUUGAAGAAUUAAUAAAAAAUUAUGAUGGAAAAGUACAUGGGGAUAGAGAAUGUGGGUUUAUAAAUGAUGAGAUUUUUGUGGAGCUGGUGAAUGCUCUGGGUCAGUACAAUGAUGAUGAGGAUGAUGAGGAUGACGAUGGAGAUGAUCCUGAUGAAAGAGAAGAAAAACAGAAGGAACUGGAGGAGAGCCGAGAUGAUAAAGAAAGUCGCCCCCCUCGGAAAUUUCCUUCGGAUAAAAUUUUUGAAGCCAUUUCCUCAAUGUUUCCAGAUAAAGGCACAGCAGAAGAGCUAAAGGAAAAGUACAAAGAACUCACAGAGCAGCAGCUUCCGGGAGCGCUACCCCCCGAAUGCACCCCAAACAUUGAUGGACCAAAUGCCAAGUCUGUGCAGAGGGAGCAAAGCUUGCAUUCCUUUCACACGCUUUUCUGCAGGCGAUGCUUCAAGUAUGACUGUUUCUUACACCCCUUUCAUGCAACACCCAAUACGUACAAGCGGAAGAAUACAGAAACAGCUCUGGACAACAAGGCCUGUGGGCCUCAGUGCUACCAGCACCUGGAGGGAGCCAAGGAGUUUGCAGCAGCCCUCACUGCCGAGCGGGUCAAAACUCCACCCAAGCGGCCAGGGGGCCGGCGCAGGGGGCGGCUUCCCAACAGCAGCAGCAGGCCCAGCACCCCCACCAUCAGUGUGGUGGAGUCCAAGGACACGGACAGUGAUCGGGAGGCAGGCGCUGAGACCGGCGGGGAGAACAAUGACAAGGAGGAGGAAGAGAAGAAGGAUGAGAUGUCCAGCUCGUCCGAAGCGAAUUCUCGCUGUCAGACACCAAUAAAGAUGAAAGCAAACAUUGAGCCUCCUGAGAAUGUGGAGUGGAGCGGGGCUGAAGCCUCCAUGUUCAGGGUCCUCAUUGGCACCUACUAUGACAACUUUUGUGCCAUUGCCAGGCUGAUCGGGACUAAGACUUGCCGCCAGGUGUAUGAGUUCCGGGUCAAAGAGUCCAGCAUCAUUGCCCCGGCCCCUGCCGAGGAUGUGGACACACCUCCGCGAAAGAAGAAGAGGAAACAUCGGCUGUGGGCCGCUCACUGCAGGAAGAUACAGUUGAAGAAGGAUGGCUCCUCCAACCAUAUGUACAACUACCAGCCCUGUGACCACCCUCGACAGCCGUGCGACAGCUCAUGUCCCUGCGUGAUUGCACAGAACUUCUGUGAAAAGUUCUGCCAGUGCAGCUCUGAGUGUCAAAAUCGCUUUCCUGGCUGCCGCUGUAAAGCUCAGUGCAACACCAAGCAGUGCCCAUGCUACCUGGCUGUCCGAGAGUGUGACCCCGACCUGUGCCUCACAUGCGGGGCGGCUGACCACUGGGACAGCAAGAACGUGUCGUGCAAGAACUGUAGCAUCCAGCGGGGCUCCAAAAAGCAUUUAUUGCUGGCGCCUUCUGAUGUGGCUGGCUGGGGUAUUUUCAUCAAAGAUCCUGUUCAGAAAAACGAAUUCAUCUCAGAAUACUGUGGAGAGAUUAUUUCUCAGGAUGAAGCUGACAGAAGAGGGAAAGUCUAUGAUAAAUAUAUGUGUAGCUUUCUUUUCAACUUGAAUAAUGAUUUUGUGGUGGAUGCAACCCGCAAGGGUAAUAAAAUUCGGUUUGCAAAUCAUUCAGUAAAUCCGAACUGCUAUGCAAAAGUCAUGAUGGUCAAUGGCGACCACCGCAUUGGGAUCUUCGCCAAGAGAGCCAUUCAGACGGGCGAGGAGCUUUUCUUUGAUUACAGAUACAGCCAAGCAGAUGCCCUGAAGUAUGUGGGCAUCGAGCGAGAGAUGGAGAUCCCAUAACGAUGCUACCUCCUCCCUUCCUGGAACAGCUGCCUUAGCUUCGGGAACCUCAAGUACUGUGGGCGAUUUAGAAGAAAAUGCAGUUUGAAAUUCUGAAUUUACAAAGUACUGUAAGAAUAAUUUAUAGUGUUGAGUUUUAAAAUCAACUUUUUAUUAUUGCCUUCUCACCAGCUGCAAAGUGUUUUUGUACCAGUGAAUUUUUGCAAUAAUGCAGCAUGGUACAUUUUUCAACUUUGAAUAAACAAUACUUGAACUUCUAAAAAAAAAAAAAAAAAAAAA